AUGAUUGCCGUCUUUUUAGUGUCCUAUCACUGCAGAGACAAUAGCUUUUUAGGGGCUUUUUUGUGUCCAGUCAGUAGACAUGGAGUCCGGGAGCCGGUGGUGGCCCACAACCCUGUGGAGCCGCAAAUAGAUAGGGGGUUACCCUACCAUUGCUGGGGGACCGCCCACUCCAUUCUCACGUUUUCCGUACACCCGCAAUUCUUGAGCAGUAAUUCCCAAAACUUGAUAUACAAACUGAUAAAUUCCUGGAAACAUAAGGCUAUACAUACAUUACACGUUCAGAUCGAGGACUACAGGCGCUCACCAACACAUAUAUUUCAGGUCCAACUCUAUAACUAUCAUUUCGCAAACACGGAUCAGAAAAGUGCCCAAAAAAUGCAUAUUCAAUGGCAUGGACUGACUGGUGGUGGUGUGUGUGUGCACUGGGAUAGGAUAGGAGAUCUGGCUCUGACACUGGCACUCAUGGGCACACAUAUACACACCAAACCCAUAGCCAUAUUAUAA